UAAGAGUUUCUUAUCAUUUAAUAUUAAUAUAAUUUGAUAUAUAGUUAAUUUUGAAAUAAUUAUAAAGUUAAGCCAUUAAUAGAAUGACACAUUGUAAAGUAGUCUCUCAUCAUUUUUUUCAAAUAUUUUUUAUGAGAGAUUUUCCUCGGACCCAUUUUCCUCACCUCAGAUCUACUUUUUCUUACUUUUUGAUCUUUUUUUAUAUUUAUAUUGUCAAAGACUUGGUGAAAAAUGAAUGGAUAAAAUAAUUUUAAUUGUUUUGAAAAUCAAAUUGAAUAUUGAUUUGAAAAAAAAUAUUGAUUUGGGAUUUUCAUUGAUUUUUGUUAAAUAAAUUAUAAAUGUGUAAAAAGAAAAAAAUAAUAAUUUGAAUGCUUAAAAAUUAUAUAAUACAUAAUUACGAAAAAAAAAAUAGAAUUAGAUAAAUCAUAAUAGUAACAUAUUAUAUAAAUGAAUUUAGUUAUACACAUGAUCAGUUUUAAAAAACAUGGAUAACAUGACACUCGCAUGAAAUAAAAUUAACACCAAAUGAAAUCACAUAGUGAUAUUUAGAGAAGGAAAAAACUAAAAAACAGAGGAAAGCAUAUAUGGAUAUAAAGGAUGGAACACGGGAAUGUAUAUCACAUGUAUAAUUUACUUCUUUUUUUUAAACACUAUUACCGAAUAAAUAUAAGGUGAUUACAAGGCUAGUUUCAAUAGAAACCGAGGAACAGCAUCAAUCAAAGCUUAAACAAAAAUGUGACUAAGCUAAGAUGGAAAACCAACAGCAAUAUAAGAUUGAAAAAGUUCCUCCUUAAUCACACUUCUAGCUAUAAAAUCACACUUCUAGCUAUAAGCUUUGCACCAAUGAUAUGUUGAUGAGAAUGAAAUUGAACUUUCCAGAGUCAACAAUAUCUUGCAGCCAAGCUAACAAAUGGGAGGAGUAGAAUUUAAGGGAAGGCCAAGCUGAUGGUUUGGAGACUGCACCAAUAAGAUCAUGGUCAUCACUAGCAAAUAUGAUAGCAUUAAAAUGGAGAUUCUUCAUGCUCUCUAAAGUCCAACUCCAACUUUCAAAAGAUACUUCAAUCCUGCUAUUGAUUCCAACAAAAGAUCUCAUACCAUUCAUAACAAUUUUUUCAUCACUAUUUCUGAGAAUCCAAAAGGCUCCACUCUGAAAAUUAUUUUUGUCCCAAGCAGAAGCUAUAUCUUUGGACCCUGUGCAUAAGCACCACUUACACUUGCCCAAAGAUGGGCCUGGCUAUAUCACAUUUUAGCCAAGAUUUUGGAAGAGGUUUCCAACCAAAGAUAAUUUUUUGUUCUCUUGAAAGGUCAAUGGCUUUUGCUUGAAGAUCAGCAUUCUUGAUGAAGAACCAAUGAUCCACUUCUUCAAAAAUAGUCUUAGUAAACGAGGAUUCUAAGGAAAUCUUUCCUUCAAAGAGAAAUUUUUUUUGGUUCUCCCAAAUAAACCAUAUGAUCUAAGGGCCACUUCUUUUAAUGUAUUCAGGAAUGAGGAGUUUGUUCCUUGUCUUUAAAACAUAGAAAAUGUUGGAAUAGACUGAGGAAGAAUCAAAGCCAUUAGGUGGAUGAAGAAAACAACUAUUUAUCCAAGUUUGUCUCCCAACGGUACAAGAAAAUAGGACAUGAUUUAAGGAUUCAUCUUCCAAACUACAUAUUUGACAUCGAGUAUCAAUUUUCAUACCACGAUCCGUAAGAUUGUCCGCAACUGGCAAGGUUCCACUGAUCUGUAUAAUUUACUUGUUAAAUACUCUUUUCGUUCGAAAAUAUCCAUAUUUUCAAAAAAAAAAAACUCUUUUAAAAGGAUAUAUUUUACAUUUUAAUGUAUUAAUUAAAAGUAAAUUGUAAAUUUAAAAAUAUAAUUAUAGUUAUCAAAAUAUAUUGGUUAAAAGUUACGAAAAUGGUUAAUUACAAAAAAUAAUGUAUUGGUAAUUAAAUAUCAUAUGUCUUUUUAAUAUGUGUAAAAAUUCUACAACAUAUACUUUUUGAAAAGAGAGAGAGUAUAAUUAAGUAAUAUACAUCAUAAAUAAUCUGAAAAUAGAAGGGAUGAAUUUGGCACUGCUAUUUGGAAGAUAAAAAUAGAAACCAAUUUUACAUAAUUUUCUUUUAAAAGUUAUUCUUCGAAAUUGUGCAUAUGAUUUUAAAUCCUAACAGAUAAAAAUUAAGGUUGUAUAUUUUUUCCUACCAAAUUAUUGUCAACUUUUUAAUUUGUAUAUUUUGUCAAAGUACUGCCUAACGAAAACUAAGAUUUAUUGUUUCGCAUAUAUUAUCGUUAAUUAGUUUAUAGUAGUAAUAAUUAACUAUUAAAUACAAACCAUAUUUGAAUUACGUAAGAACCUAUUAGUAUAUUAUUACUAUUAAAUUGAAUAUCAGAUCCAAAACAUAUAUGAAUUAAGCAAACAAUCUAUCAUGCAUAUAUUGUGUCUGCCUUUUUGCGACAUGUAUUCCAUCAUUCAUUUCAUCUACACAUAUUUCCGUUUUAUCAUAGAUUCAUGAUUACUAAAUUAAUAUUCCUGUUUGCUUUAAACUUUAUCUUUCUACCAAGAAAUUAUUAUUAAAAAAUAAGUUUUUCAUCCACCAACAAAAACCAAAAAUAACCUAAUUAAAAUCAUAGGCUAAGUAGGGAAUCAUAUAUUAUGGAGAUUUGGAAUCCUUCCUUUCAAACAAAUUCAUGGCCGUAAAAAGGUCAAAAACAACUGCUGCCUCCCUUUUUCUCCAUUUAUGAGUAUAAAAAAACAGAAGUCGCACUUGGAGAGAAAGAUAAAACUUUAUGCACUAGCAGCACUUGGGGAGAAAGAAAAAGGACUUGUGGAAUCUUUAGUGUAUGUUGUUUCAUCACAACUUUUUUGACAGCAUUUUUUCUUAAUCACAAUUAAAACUUGCCUUUUAAAUAAAUAUAUAUCACGUGAAUUUAUUGUCUGCUUGCAUAGUAUACUUUUUAAUUCUAGGAUACAUUUAAUAGUUAAUACAUGCGAUCAAUAUAGAGUUAACAACAAAAUAAAUGAAUUAGCAACUGGUAAGCUUCAACCAAUUCGUUGUGAUUUUUUUUGUUGGCAAUUCAUUGAAUCAUUGGUUACAUUUUACUUAUGGCUUGGAAGAUAAAAGUUUCUAGACACAUUUAAAAGACAAAAUGAUGUUUUAUUAAAUCAUGGAAAUUAGUAUAGACUUUGGUUUGAGAUUCUCCGUUUAUUAAAAGAAAAAGUUGGUAAGCAUCUUUAAAAUUUCAAUUACAAAUUUAGAGUCUUCAAGAACUCAACUAAGACAACUUGAUCUUAAAAUGAGACUUAAUCAUUUAUUAAAGUUGGUUCCCAAAAAUACUUUUGUUGGAAUAGUUUUGUGCGACGACAUGUACUCUUACAGCCAACAGGUAUAAUGUGUACAAAUUGGUGACCGUUUAAGGCCACUAGGUCGUCCACAAUAAGAAUAUCUCAGGUUAUAAAAGCCAACUCUUCCUCUCACCUUAUGCUCCAAGUGAAAGAGCAACUCUUCUCAAAACUAUUUGCUCCUUUCUACAUAGAGAUAAAGCGAGACAAUGGGUGCUAAUGUUUCUUCGCCAGACCAGAGGUAUUCAGUGACGGCCGACCUCCCUUCCAGGAGGCCAUGGACACCUCGCUUCGAGUCCCAUAUUUCUCCUUACAAAGUCAAUAUCCCCCUUAUUGUGGAAAUCAAGAACAAGAAUCAGUGGAAAUCUCGGCUCAACAGUCUCAAGCACACCAACAAGCUGUUUGUGAUCGAGUUCACGGCCAAAUGGUGUGGACCUUGUAAAUCCCUUGAGCCGAAGGUUGAAGAGUUGGCGGCUAAGUACACAGAUGUUGAGUUCGUGAAGAUUGAUGUCGAUGUGUUAAUGAGUGUGUGGAUGGAGUACAACCUUCAUACUUUGCCUGCGAUUGUAUUCAUGAAGAGAGGCCAAGAAGUAGACAGAGUUGUGGGUGUGAAGUUUGAUGAAUUAGAGAGGAAACUUCACAAAUACGCACAAUCCUUCUUUUGAAAAAUAUGAAGCUUUUACUUGCAUGCAUCAUGCAUGAUACCUUAUGCCAAGAAUAGUAUGCUACUUAUAUAAAUAAAUGUAGCUCCUCAUGCAUGAUCACCAUAUGCCAAGAAUAGUAUGCUAGUAUGCUACUAUAUAUAAAUUAAUGUUUGAAGGAGAUUCAACAAAAUAAACAUAAUUUGUGUGAUGUAAGUUUGGAUUUGCAUGUCUGUACCUGUCUCGUGUAAUAAAUUUAUGACUACUGAUUUCUAUGGCUAUAUAUCUUUAUUCUUUUUUUUUGACACGAAAAAGUAUUUCUUGUUCUCCCCCCAAACAACCUUAAUCAAUUUCUAUAUAUGCACCGUUAAUUUAGUUUUUA